AUGUCCACCCGCUCAAUACGAAAGCCGCGACGACCAGCCCCGGAGAUCCCUGAUGCUGCCAUGCAGCAUGCAGCCGCUGCAGCUGCAGCCUCGCGGGCAAUGCGCUCCAGUCAAAGCUCGUCUCAGGAGUCAAAAACUCCAUACGAUCGACUAGGUGGUCCAGGCAAUGUUGGCAUCCCUCGAAGGUGUCCCGGGUCGAGCCUUCGGAGCACUGAUGAUAGCAUGUCGAUCGGUCAGAGCGACUUGCCUAAAGUUUCAAAUCCGCGUCGGUCCAAAGAAUUGACUGGUGUAUCGGCUCGAGGCCAUUGCUUCGAUGACCCUGCCGCCCUGCCGCCAAUCACAGAACUCGACGGACUUGAUGGGCGAGACAGCUCAGUGCCCUCUUCAUAUCGCCGAUUGCGCAAGGCUAAAUCAAUGUUCUCGACUAGACAGCGAACUUCACAGACUCCAUAUGGAGUGCCUACCAUUCCUUGCGGUGAUCCCCUUGAUCCCGAGCGCAGUCCUGGAUUUCAGCUGCCACGGACAAUGAGACGGUCCAUGUCUUUUCUUCGAGGAGGUUAUCAAUCCCCACAAGUCGUCCCAACUGCUAAAGGUCAUGAUGCGGCUAUUGAGCUUGCUCGUGGCCAAUUUUCACAAAAUUUCAACGGCAGAGGUCCUCAGAGUCGACGGUCAUCUUUCUUGCUCAGACGCAAGGAGCACAGGCCAUUUCGAAGAUCUUUCCGGACAACAAGUGAAGGUGGCUUCGGUGCCUCUACCGAGCGUUCUGAUAAGUCUCGGUCUUUUUCAACUUCCAUCAAAAACAAAUUCAGACGUGUGUUUGGGUUUUCCAAGGCCACAGAUCAACAACCUGCGCCACAUGGUAACCCAAAAGGCGCUGGGGCGUCUGCGGUAACUCCAAUUGGAAAAGGCACGGAAGAAUGCUCUCCUCGCAAACUUACAGCCAUUGAAGACGGCAUUGAUUCCAACUAUCUCCAGUCAAUGCCCCGGUCCCCUAGCCGCGAUAGUAUCUGCAGUUCCAAGUCGCGCGUCACCAGUUGGGCUGAUUCAACCAUGCCGAACACAGUUACAACCCGGAAGCCAAGACAUCGCCAAUCUCUCUCUUUGGUCAGAGAGGGUGGGGAUCUGGAGCAGCAACUACCACGGACGCCUGCAAUGGAUGGUGCCGAAAAUCAAUCUCCUUUGGGCGUGAGAGGAAGCACUCAUCAAAUUAGCAUUGUUGACAGUCAAGAUCUGUACACAGCUUUAUUGAAACAGAUGGGCCGAAAUUCCUUGUCUGAUUCCAACGAGGAGCUGGUCUUCGGCAAUGUGUCACAGCAUCGUGUGAUUCCAGAACGGAAGAAUUCGGUCUACUCCCAACAUGGCAAACGGACUAUCCGCCAUGUCCCAAGCCAAGAAUCCUCGACCUCGCCCGGUUCAUUUGCAACAGCGCGUGGUGGCGAUCAAUCAAGUCCACGAAAGUAUCCGCGCUCAGCCGGGUCGAUGCAAGUUUCUCGGGGCAUGCUGCAUCAGGUGACAAAUCAACAUAUGGCUUCUGUUUCAGACAAAAGGUCGCAGCAAUCAACGUACGCUUUGAGUGAGGGAUCGGAUGAGGAUACUGGUAGUGUUAUUGUUUCUCGCCUUCGGGCCCCGAAAAGGGAUAUUGUUUCCCCAAGUAUCUAUUCCCGGACCACCAGUGGCAAUACCCCAACAAAAACUGACAAUGCCGACAUGAGCGUUCAUGACGAACCAGGAACAGCGACUAUAUUUACUCCACAACGGACAAAAUACAGCUCACCCAAGCGUGCCAAUCGGGCUUCAUCCCCCACUUCCCAUGUAAAUCCCAGUGCAGAUUGGCAGCAAUGGAUGAGCUCGCAGAUCGAACGAAUUGAACAGGCAAGCCCCACAAGAGAACACAUCAGAGAAGAUGCACAAUACCAGGACGAUGAUGAGUACUUGACCAGCCUAGCUCGACGAGCUCCUAUCGCCGUCUCCGCUCCCGCUUCCGCAACUCUUUCGGAGGUUCCAGACAGCACAAGUAUCACCGAGCGCAAAGCCUCGGUUGAGAACAGAGUCCCGUCACAGAGCAAUUUCUCCCGUCCGUUAAUCCAGGCUUCCGGCAUGCGAACCAUCUUGCCAUUGCGGACAAUUAAGUCGGAAAAUAUAGCGCAGGCUCAUGUUAACUCAUUGGCAAUGGAUACCGCUGCUAAACCUGAUGAAAACACCUCCCCGGGGCUCAUCCCCGUUACUUGCAAUCAAGAACCGUCGCCAAUCCGACUGAGAUCCGGGAACAUGCAGCCACCAGAGUCCCCAACUCCCAAGGGAGUGAGAGCAAAGCGGUCCUGGACCAAAGAGCAGCAGCGGCGCUAUUCGGCCAGGCGUGCUCCGAUCGCCCAAGAUAGCAGGAUCAAUCAUUUCCGGUCCAUGCGCAUGCAGCGAGGAAACCGUGCAAAUAAUGAGAACGCGAGGGAGCAGGAUGAGUACAAUGACAUUAUGGAUAGCUACAGCCAACUUCAGGACAUCCAUUCCACGAUCUCUAGCAAACGCAUGGUGGAUUUGUUCUUGGAUAGUCGCCGUCGACAAAUGGGUGAAGUCACUGACAACGAUGCAACUACAGACGCUUUUCUUUGA